CGAGGUGCUGCCGCCGCCCGCGCGCGGGACGCUCAAAACAGCCGCUUCCCCAACCAAAAGGCGCAAGAAAACUCGUCCCCGCCGCUCAAAAAUCUCCCGCCUCCCGCGGAUGGGAUGGCAUCCAGUUUCACAGACCACACGCCCACCCGCUCCGCCGCUCGCGCCCAAAAAUUUUCGUUCAGCCGGCUGCCUGCCCCCCACCACCACUUCCCUCCCGUUCCGAAACCCCGAUUAGCCGCCGACCCGCCGUCUCCCCACGUAUUUGACUGGUGCUAGAGCCAGCGCCCAGAUCAACCUUCCUGAGUCCAUCGGCACCGCAUCUGCCUCGCGAUCCGUCUCUCUCUCUGUCCCCUCACGGCCGUAGACCUUUUCGAGGGCGGUAUCGGAGGGAGGAGAGGGGGAGGCGAAGGCGGGAGUAGUAGAAACUAGGAAGGGCCGUUCGUGUCUUGCGGAGAAGAUGGAGAACCUGAGGAGGUUCCUGAACCCGCUGGUGCUCAACCUGCAGAAGAUGGAGCUGGAGCUCACCUGCCCCGUCUGCCUGAAGUUGCUCACCUCGCCCACAACGCUGCCGUGUUACCACACAUCCUGCAGCAAGUGUGCCCUUACACCGACUUCAAAAGGCUACAGCUGUGCCAUUUGCAAAUCAGGCUAUUGUUCUCAAGAUUUAAGGCCAGCUUCUCACCUUGAGUCGAUAGUGAGCAUUCAUAGGAGCCUCAGCUCUACCGUCAGCACCAUGAUUGAACAACAGGAUUCUCAAAUUAACAUUCAUGUUGCAAAGGCAGCAUCUCAUGGAACACCAGAAUCAGGAAACAGAAGUGGGGUGGAGGAGAAAUCUGACCAGAUGAAAUCUUACAACCCUGUUGCUUCAAAGCUAGUAUAUAACCAACCAACUGGACCUGCAUUUGGGAACAUUGAUAGUGUUCAAGCAAAAGAUCCUGCAUUUGAGAACAAUGCUGGUGCCGCAGCUGUUGCACCAAUGGCUUUUGUACGAAAGGGUCAUUCUGGGUCACAAUCUUCUGAUGGCCCUGGAGAUUUGGACUGUGACAGCAAUGACCUCGAAGGAGAACUGAUGACAAGCCUAUCACCUCUUCAAACUGCAUUGAAACGAGAGGCAAAUGCAAUGGAUGAUCAUACCAGAGAAUUGAAGAAGCAAAAAUCAAAUGAUCAAGUUCAAAGACAAACAAACAUGGCCAGUGCUUGGAAAUGUGAGUUCUGUCAUUCUUCCCAAGUUACUGAGUGUACUGGCCCUUUGUCACAUUAUUUGAAUGGGGAGCCAGUAGAAGCUGAUCAAGCUUGGAAAUCAAGUGUUCAGCAUGUCCAUGAGAAAUGCAUUGAAUGGGCUCCUCAAGCAUUCUUUACUGGUGACACCGCAAACAACUUGGGGCCUGAGUUGGCCCGUGCUUCUAAGAUCAAAUGCAGUGUUUGUGGCUUAAAAGGCGCAGCACUUGGCUGCCUUGUGAAGAGCUGCCGCAAAAGUUUUCAUGUCCCAUGUGCCUACAACAUCAAAGGCUGCAAAUGGGAUCAAGAGAACUUUGUUAUGCUGUGUCCUACACAUUCGUCAAAAAAGUUGCCUUGUGAGAGAUUAAAGCCAAAAAAGAAGGCCAAGCUGCAGCAACCAUCUUCCGACAUUGAUGGUCCGAUUUCACCCUCUCCGAUGCAAAGGGCUGAACUUUGGACUGCCUCACCUUUUCUGACUAGUGAAUGGGUGAUAUGUGGAUCUGCGCUCGUUGGCCAUGAGAAGGAAAUCUUGGAUCAGUUUGAGUGUCACACUGGCAUCACAGUAACCAACACCUGGAGUUCAGAUGUGACUCAUGUGAUUGCUAAUACGGAUGAACGUGGGGCAUGUGCACGGACACUCAAGGUCCUCAUGGCUAUUUUAGCUGGGAAGUGGGUUCUCAAUGUGAAUUGGCUGAAAGCCUGUAUGGAGGCUAGGGAACCAGUCCCAGAAGAGCCCUACGAGAUAAGGUGUGAUGUUCAUGGCUCUGUCGACGGCCCUCGCUCAGGAAGGCUCCGAGCGAUGCAGCAGGCACCAGGUCUGUUUGCUGGGUUGACCUUCUACUUCAGUGGCCAUUUCAUGCCGGGAUACAGGGCCAACCUCGAAGAUUUGAUCGCCGCAGCAGGGGGGUCCGUUCUGGAGAAGGCCGAGCUCUCUAGCACGUCCUUGAUCCUCUACAGCAUGGAGGCGCCGCCGCCCCACAACAACCUAGACGCCCUCGAGACCAUCAACAAGAGAUUAGCCGAGGCCCAGGAACUGGCGACCACGGCUGGCUGCAAAGCCAUUCCUCAUACAUGGCUUCUGGACUGUAUCGCGUCGUGCGCGGUUGAGUUGAACGUGUCGUGUUCUACUGCCUAGGUUCAAACGUAGGAAUGUGACAUCUGCUGCUGUUUUUUUUUGAAAAAGGAGAUUAAGAGACGAUUGGCUUGUUGUCUUGAUCCAAAGUAUCUUUAGACGUUGUAGCAUGAAAGCGGAAUUUAGUCGGAAUAAGCCUGUGUAUCUUAGUCAACGUUACUGUCGGUGAUGUCAUCCACAUGUUUCACCUACUGACAGGUGCAGUUUGUCUGAUUUUUUUCUUCUUGAUUUGUAUCUAAAAAAACAUAAAAGGAUGCACUCAGGUCAGGUUUACUCCACUUUUUCUUGAAUUGACGU